AUGCGCUUUACUCUCGCUACUGCCUUCGCCAUCCUCGCUGCUUCUGCCGCCGCCAACCAGGCUGGUCCUGUUGACAACGACCUGACUCUCCCUAACGACCAAACCGGCGGACUUGUUGAGCCGCUUGUUGAGGCCGCUGACGACUUUAAUGAUGCCAACCAGCGCGGCCGCAAGGGCGGUCGUCGCCGUCCUCAUCUCAGUGAUCGCACCAAGGAUUUCCUGAGUGAUGCUGCUGUUGAGGUUGUUGGCACCGGCGUAGAAGCGGGUCUUGACUAUGCUGUCAACAACCAGCGCAGCCGCAAGGGUGGUCGUCGCCGCAUCAGCGACCGCACCAAGGACUUCCUGGGUGACCUAGGAGUUGGGCUAACUGGCACUGGUGUGGAGACUGGUCUUAACGCCGCUAUCUACAACAACCAGCGCAGCCGCAAGGGUGGUCGCCGCCGCCCUCAUCUCAGUGACCGCACCAAGGACUUCCUAGGCGAUGUUGCUGUUGAGGUUAUUGGCACCGGCGUAGAGGCAGGUCUUAACGCCGCUAUCUACAACAAGCGCAGCGUUGAGAAUGAUAAUGAAGACUUUGGGGAGGACUUUGAGGAGGACGACAACCAGCGCGGCCGCAAGGGCGGUCGUCGCCGUCCUCAUCUCAGUGAUCGCACCAAGGACUUCCUGAGUGAUGCUGCUGUUGAGGUUGUUGGCACUGGCGUAGAGGCGGGUCUUGACUACGCUGUCAACAACCAGCGCAGCCGCAAGGGUGGUCGUCGCCGCCCUCAUCUCAGUGACCGCACCAAGGACUUCCUGGGUGACCUAGGAGUUGAGCUAAUCGGUACUGGUGUGGAGACUGGUCUUAACGCCGCUAUCUACAACAAGCGCAGCGUUGAGUAUGACAACGAAGACUUUGAGGAGGACUUUGAGGAGGGGGACAACCAGCGCAGCCGCAAGGGCGGUCGUCGCCGCCCUCAUCUCAGUGAUCGCACCAAGGACUUCCUGAGUGAUGCUGCUGUUGAGGUUGUUGGCACCGGCGUAGAGGCGGGUCUCGACUACGCUGUCAACAACCAACGCAGCCGCAAGGGCGGCCGCCGCCGUCCUCACCUCAGUGACCGCACCAAGGACUUCCUGGGUGACUUGGGUGUUGAACUGAUUGGUACUGGUGUUGGCGCUGGUCUUGAUGCUGCGAUCUACAACAACCAGCGCGGAAUCAGCUACACUAGCCUGAAGCGCCCCUUUCCUGUUAGCUGGGGCUUGGGCAGCAUAGAUGGCUCCCGCCUUGCGGUCCAGGAGUAUUACUAA